GAAGAAGAAGAAGAAGAAGAAGAAGAGGAAGUAGAAGAAGAAGAAGAAGUCCGAAGAUGAAGUUCGACGGACUUAGCUAACUAGUUUAAAAGAAGGAAAGGAUGCUCUUCCAUUGUCCUUUUCCUAGUACAAAGUGGGAAAUGUUCGAGUUCCGAGAUGUUUGGAGCGCAGCCACGAGAAUAAAGGAUUCAGAGCUGCAGCCCUAUGAGGAAGUUAUGUACUGUACUGGUGAUUUAAAUGACAGAUCCCACACCAAUGACAAAUCAUUUGUACUGUUUUGUUUCAUGGAGUUAAUGUUUAAAACGGCAGAUGGAGGAGAAGACUGAGUGAAGUGGGAAGAAACAUGAACAGUAAAAGCUCAUUAUUGAAAUGGACGUUGUAUCCUGCAUGGUUUUGUCUUGACAUAAGUACCUGUGUGUUUCAUUUGAUUGCCUGUCACUAUAACUUAUGUGAGAGUGUCAGAGAGUGAGGAAGAAGUAAAACAUCAGUUUGACAUCGUGCGAACCUGCUGAAGACUAAAAAUGCCCACACCUGUGCCAACCCGAAAAUUGCUGAAAGAAUACCUGGAUGAUCUGAAUGAAGAAAGGCUGAAGGAAUUUCAGUGGUACUUGGUCCAGAUUCAGACAGAUGGAUCCCGACCCAUCCCGGAGUCCAAGCUGGAGAAAGCAACCAGAGUGGAAACUGUGAAUAAACUGGUGGAGGCUUUUGGGGAAGAUGGUGCUGUGGAGUGGACAGUAGAUACUUUCUUUCGGAUGACUCUUAAUGACCUUGCCUCAAAGCUAGUUCAAGCCAAAGAGAACCAAAGCCUGGAACAGAGAGAAGAAGAGCCAGAGACCUCCUCUGCAAGAGAGAAACCAAGAGAAGUCGAUCCCAACAUCCUCAAGGAUCUCUCAUGUUCAAUUUGCUUAAGUCUUUUCACUGAUCCUGUGAUGCUGCAGUGUGGCCACAGUUUCUGUCAGACCUGCGUUCACAAAGACUGGGAGAAGAAUAUUGUUAGGGAAUGCUCACUUUGUAAGCAGGUUAUACCUGAAAGUGACCCUCCGAUUAAUUUCAGUCUGAAAAGUUUGUGUGAAAGCUACGGAGGGAGAAGUCAAGGUGAGCCACCAGGAGGACACAGAAACCACACAGAGUCAUUUCAGACUCCACCUGAGAACAUCAGAGAGACACAAGAAUCUUUAAAAAAUGUCAAACAAUUGUGUGAUUCAUCAGUUGAGCACAUUAAGACUCAGAGCUUCAACACAGAGAAUAAGAUUAUGGAUGAAUUUAAGAAGCUUCAUGCCUUCCUCGACGAAGAGGAAAAGACCAGACGAGCUGCAUUAAGGAAAGAAGCGAGACAGAAGAUUUGUGUGAUACAUUUGAUGCAUGAGAAGAUCAAAAACACAUACUCGCUGUCUCACACUAUGGGAGAAACUGAAGAUUUUGGGGACAACGAAAGAUUGAUAUCGACCCGUGUGACAGAGGUGCUAAGAAGGGAGAUGGAAAUGUUGAAUAUACUGAAAAGCUCACAAGGACAGAUAAAUGUGCCCAAGCAUUUGGAAAACCUUCAGCUCAAAGUCUGGAAGAAGAUGGGGAACGACAUAAAACAGACUGGCGCUGACAGUGGUGAUGAGGACGAUGAUUUGGGAGGUUUGAAUGAAGUUGUGCACCAGAUGAAUGACAGAUGGCAGUUCUUGCCUGGAAACCAAGAACACAAUCCCCGCUAUCAGCAGAAUCAACAGAAAACUCUCAAAAGGAGGAGAGAAGAACAAGACUAUGAAGAUGGGAAAGUGUCAUUUCCUGAUCAUGAUUAUUUCACAUCCAUCCUGACCCAUGAUAGGACAUUUACUCUGUCUCCUGUAUUUCCUUGUGUUGAUUACAGUCUCAUGACAUUGCCAUUUGAAAUCCCAUACAAUAUCAUGUCUCGUCCUCCCUUUAAAUUUUGUGAUGAGGUUGAGGCUGAGGUUCAGGUUGAGAAUGAGGAUGAGCAGGGCCGUGCAGAGACCCUCAGGGAAAUUUUGGAGUCAGAGGAGGGAAGGGGAAGUGAUAAUGAUACAGAGAGUAGGCAUGUAGACAUGGUUGCAGAUCCAGGGGACGGGACCAAUUUCUGAAAAACAUUAAUUGCGCCCCCCCCCCCCUUACAAUUGUGAUUUACUAAUAUAACAGUUAAGUAAGCAGUGAUAUGUGCUGUUGGCUGUUUAAGACAAAUAAACAAGAAAGGUAAGCACAAUAAAUGAUUCCCUGCACAGUACAGUGAUAUUGUGAGCCUCUACGAAGUUGUGAUUUUUGGUGGCAUGGUAUGAGUUGCAAAUGGGCAAAAAAAAAAUCACAUUUGUGUCCCCCCCCAAUCCUGACAUUGGAUCUGCACCCCUGCGUGCAGUCCUUCAGAGAAGAUGGUGCUCAAAGUUAAAAGGGGCACAUGAACAUGAGCACACACUAAGAUUUUUUUUUGUAAUUUUUCAAACAAAAAGGCAAAACAUUUGUUUUCGCCAGAUUAAUUUCUUUUUGAUUCAGUCCUCUUUUUACGAGGCAUCUCUGCACUUCUGAAUUUUCACGACAAUACAAGAAAUUAAGAUAAACAAUAAAAGAUAUACGCAGUUAAAACUGUUAGUUGCAAAGUGAACUACUGAUGACACAAUGAUCUCUCUGAAGCAGCUUUAUAUCAGAAUUCUAUAUUCAGCAGAAGCUGUUUGAUAAUACAUGCUGUUAGAUUCUUGAACAUUUAUGACCUAGUAUAAUGCUUUCUACUACUAAAAGACUAGCAAAAUUAUAUUAAAAGCAAAAUUAUAGAAAAACACAUUUGAUUGCAAAUGAUGUUAUUCUGUUUUUCAAACUAUCAAAACAGCUGGUGCUAUUUCCUACAAUUUAACAAAAGUAUUCAACAGAACUACUAAACAAAAACAACCAAACAACAGAAAACAUCCUGACAAAAGGGACUUUGGACAUGAGGGGUAAAGGGGCAAAACUUAUCUUAUGUCACAACACUGUACUUUAUUUCUGUUGUUACAUGCUUUAAACUUCUUAAGCCAUUAUUGUUGUUGUGAUACACUCAGGGGAAAUCUUGAUAUUUUGCCAGAAAUAUAUUACAUGCUUGAGAUAUGGUUGUUAUAUCUGAUGUCACAUCAUUGUACUGUUUUGUUAGCUCGAAGCACCACUGUGCCUAAAUCCAGCCUGACUGGGCUGCUAGCAUGACUGCUGAGACUUAGUCUUGUUUUUUUUACAGACCUGAAGUAAAUAUUUUAUAUGAGGAAUGUCAGUUUAUCUGUUCAUCACCAUUUUCCUAUGUUUUGUGAUUUAGUUGUCAUUGUGAUAAACUGAUAUCUUGCAUCAAAACUGACUUAAUAGAGAUAGUGACAAACUGUUACAUUUGAUGUCAGUUCAUUUCAUGUACAAGAUCAGUGUAUAAUUGUGAUCAUGUUUGCAUGUUGUUAAUAUGUAACUCAAAGCCCCACUGUGCCUAAAUAUUCUAAAUGGGGAGACAAUUUUCUCCACAUGUCUUUGGGAUUUUGAGGUAUUUUUGUCUUUUGUUAUUAAAUUAAACUAAUAUCUUGCUUCCACGUGAUGCCACAUUUUA